AUGCCAUCCCAACAAGAACACUUUGCCUUUGACGCAUCCGUACUAAAAAACCAUCCCCACAUACCGGCCCAGUUCAUAUGGCCCGAUCACGACAAGCCAUGCCCCCAGCCCCCGCCCGCCCUCGACGUGCCGCCCAUCGACCUCGGAGAUUUCCUAUCCGGCGACCCCGACUCCGUGUCCCGCGCAGCCCGCCUCGUCGACCGGGCCUGCCGUAAGCACGGCUUUUUCCUCGUGGUCAACCACGGCAUCGACAAAGGGCUCAUAGAGCGGGCCCACCGGGGAACCGACUCCUUCUUCACCAAGCCUCUUAGGGAGAAGGAGAGAGCCCUCAGAAAGCCCGGCGACCACUGUGGCUAUGCCAGUAGCUUCACCAACCGCUUCUCGUCCAAUCUACCCUGGAAGGAGACCCUCUCGUUCGGGUAUAGCGCGGGCCGGGCCACGGUCGAGAGGUACUUCGCGGAUACAAUGGGUGGGGAUUACGCCGAGUUCGGGAGAGUGUGCCAAGAGUAUUGUGAAGCCAUGAGCAAGCUCUCCCUGAGCGUGAUGGAGCUCUUGGGAAUAAGCCUCGGCGUGGGGCCCGCUUACUUCAGGGAUUUUUUCCAGGGGAACGAGUCGAUAAUGAGACUGAACUACUAUCCUCCGUGCCGGAAACCUGAGCUCGCGCUGGGGACGGGGCCCCACUGCGACCCGACGAGCUUAACGAUACUCCAUCAGGACCUAGUUGGUGGGCUUGAAGUGUAUGUUGAUGAAAAAUGGCACUCAAUCACUCCCAAUCCACAAGCUUUUGUCGUCAACAUUGGGGACACUUUCAUGGCACUAUCGAAUGGGAUUUACAAGGGCUGCCUGCAUAGGGCAGUGGUAAACAGCACGACUCCAAGAAAAUCGCUUGCCUUCUUUCUUUGUCCGAAAACCGACAAAAUCGUGACCCCACCAAAGGAGUUGGUCCGCGAAGGAAACCCGAGACAGUAUCCAGAUUUCACUUGGCCGGCCCUUCUCGAGUUCACACAAAAGCACUACCGGUCGGACAUGAAAACACUUGAAGCCUUUGUGAAAUGGCUUGGACAUACAAAAUUCCUCCAAACCGAUGGGUAA